AUGUUGUUCCGAUCCAUUAUCGGGGCAGCCUUCCUUGGAGCAGCCCUCUCUACCGCUGCUGUCACUACAAGGAAACACCGUCCCUCCGAGUCUGUUGGCGGGACUGCCGUCAAGACAGGCCCUGCCCCCAAAGCUACGGUCCUUGUGACUGUCAAAGGAGGGGCCACCGUCUCCACCAACGUUUCGGCUCCAUUAGUCGUACCUGCAGCAGCCAACCCAGCAGUCGUUUCUUCAACCACAGUUCAAAGCACUGUUUUGAUAUUCGCAAGAGACACAGUCUCUGCUUACUCUGCCUUCUCUGGCCUCAACGCCUAUGGGAUCCCCUACCAGGUCGUUGUCGUUCCACAAGCGGGAAUCACACUCCCAGCACUGAACAGCUCAGCAACAGCCGGGAAUUAUGGAGCUAUCGUUAUCUUGUCAGAGGUCAGCUACAAUUAUGGUGGUACCCUCGGGUAUCAAAGUGCUCUUACUGCAGCACAAUGGGUUCAGAUAUACGCAUAUCAAGCUGCCUUCGGCGUACGCAUGGUCCGACUGGAUUCCUUCCCAUCUGCCGACUCCGGCACCGUUGCCCUCGGUGGUUGUUGCGGCACCCCCAAUCAAGAACAGGCUAUUUCGAUUUCAAAUGCGUCUUCCUUUCUUACGGCAGGUUUGAAUGCAGGGGCUGCUGUCAGCACAAUUGGGCUAUGGCAUUAUCCUGCGAGCAUCACGAACGCAAGCAUUGCAGUCGAAUUUGCGCAAUUUGCACCCACUACAGGAUUUGCGACCGCCUCUACCGCCGGCGUCAUUAAUACCUACUCUGGAAGACAACAGAUGGUGUUCUUUAUCGGGGUGGCGACUGAGUGGGCCUUGACCUCAAAUUAUCUCCAACAUGCCUGGAUUCAUUGGGCUACUAGAGGUUUAUUUGAUGAUAUGUUCCUCGAAUCAGACAUCUAUAGCCCUGCCGGUACAACCUACCAGGUGACGCCUGCCGACUUGGCACAGCACAUCACUUGGAUGGCGAAUCUCAAUUCACGGUUAUCGGCGGGGAGCAGCUACUUUAUGGAAAUUGCGCACAACGGCAAUGGCAACAUUGAAAAUUCCAACGACAUUGACUCCACCGGCACAAAAUGCGCACCCGGUCCCAUCGAGUAUGCCGAACAAAUCGAUACCCCACUUGAAUGGGCGAAGCCAAUCGGCAGUGGCACAAAUCUCUGGCCAAAGUCCCCGACGACCUACCCAUACACUACGACAUGCACCAAUCUUGAUGCUCUCAAGGCCUGGUGGGCGAAGGCUUCGAACCUGAAUGCAUUUGCGCAUGUCUCCCAUACUUUCACCCAUGAGGAUCAAAAUAAUGCGACCUACUUUGAUGUUUAUCAAGAAUUGACUUGGAAUACGGCAUGGCUGAAACAAGUCGGUAUCGCUGGUGCAAAAAGAUUCAGUCCCAAAGGACUUGUUCCACCAGCUAUUACGGGUCUUCAUAAUGGUGACGCUAUCCGUGCCUGGAUUGCGGCAGGAAUCGUCAACGUUGUGGGCGAUAACACUCGUCCCGUUCUGAGAAACCAACAGAAUGAGAUGUGGCCUCUCAUGAGCACCGUCGCUUCGAACGGCUAUGCUGGUGUCCAAAUCACCCCACGCUGGGCAACAAACAUCUACUACAACUGCCAACUCCCUGCAUGUACCGUUGCUGAAUGGAUCAAUACUAACACGCCGAAACCCUCUGGUGACUGGUAUACUUUGUUGGGCGUUGAAAAAUCAACAAACCCGAGACAUCUCCUCGGCCUUUACCAUGAUCCGUUCAUGUUCCAUCAAGCAAACUUGAACUACGUCACUGCACCACAAACCACCAUCAAUGGGGUGUCGUCAAAGUUAUCCAUGUUCCAAGUCUGGGUAGAAGUUGUUACUCAGGAGAUGAUGAGACUGGUAAAAUGGCCAAUGAUCUCCCUCAAGCAUGAUGACAUUGCAGCAUCAUUCGCCAACCGCAUGGCGCGAGACGGUUGUGCCCCCAAGCUUUCAUUCACCACCAGCGGGACGACUAUUACUGCCGUCACUCUCACCACGACUGGCAAUACCUGCGGUGUUGUGAUACCAGUGACGGUUCCAGGCAAGGUUGUAAGCACUCUAGGCUUCACCACCGAGCAGAUUGGGAGUGACCCGCUCACUAUCUGGGUCAAGAUGUCAGGAAGCCCAAUUACUUUCAGAUUGUCUACUCCAGUCCCUCUUUAA